CUUCCCUCUGUCGAACCCUAACCAUACCCGCCAUCCGCCGCUUCUCUACCGCUGCUGUUGCUGCGGCGCCUAGUGUGGAGACACAGUAUGAGGACGAAAAUGGAAUCUCCAUGAAGGGGAUAAAAGUUGCCGGGCGUCCGCUGUACCUAGAUAUGCAAGCAACCUCCCCGGUGGACCCUAGGGUCCUGGACGCUAUGCUUCCGUUCUAUGUCUCCCGCUAUGGGAACCCGCAUUCACGGACUCACCUCUAUGGUUGGGAGUCCGAAAUGGCCGUGGAAGCCGCACGUUCACAAGUCGCUGCACUUAUUGGGGCCUCGCUGAAGGAGAUCAUCUUCACCUCCGGCGCCACCGAGUCCAACAACAUCUCUGUCAAGGGCGUUAUGCACUUCUACAAAGAGAAAAGGCGCCACGUCAUUACCACCCAGACCGAGCACAAGUGCGUCCUUGAUUCUUGCCGUCAUCUCCAACAGGAGGGGUUUGAGGUUACUUACUUGCCGGUGGGUUCUGAUGGGAUUAUCGAUCUCGAAAGGUUGAGGAGAGAGAUUCGUCCUGAUACGGGGCUUGUUUCUGUUAUGACGGUCAAUAACGAGAUUGGGGUUAUUCAACCUAUGGAGGAAAUUGGCAGAAUUUGUAAAGAAUUUAGCGUUCCGUUCCACACUGAUGCUGCCCAGGCGUUAGGAAAGAUUCCGAUUGAUGUGGAAAAGUGGAAUGUAAGUUUGAUGUCUUUGAGCGGGCAUAAGGUUUAUGGUCCGAAAGGAGUUGGGGCUUUGUAUAUGAGGAGGCGGCCGCGAAUUAGGGUUGAACCGCAAAUGAACGGUGGGGGACAGGAGAGAGGGAUUAGGAGCGGAACAGUUCCGACGCCCCUUGUUGUGGGGAUGGGAGCUGCUUGUGAGGUUGCUAUGAAGGAGAUGGAGUAUGAUGAUAAGAGGAUUACAGCUCUGCAAGAGAGGUUGCUGAAUGGGAUUAGAGAGAAGCUUGAAGGAGUAGUGGUGAACGGCAGUGUGGAGAGGCGGUAUGCUGGGAACUUGAACUUGUCUUUUGCUUAUGUGGAGGGUGAGAGUCUGCUGAUGGGGUUGAAGGAGGUGGCGGUGUCAAGUGGAAGUGCAUGCACCAGUGCGAGUUUGGAGCCCUCAUAUGUGUUGAGGGCAUUGGGAGUCGAUGAGGACAUGGCGCAUACUUCAAUUAGGUACGGGAUUGGUAGGUUUACCACAGAGGAAGAGAUUGAUAGGGCUGUUGAGCUCACUGUUAAGCAGGUUGAGAAAUUGAGGGAAAUGAGCCCGCUUUAUGAGAUGGUGAAAGAAGGGAUUGACAUUAAACAGAUUCAUUGGGCACAACACUGAUUGAAAUUGAGCUUUGAGGCUUUCUGUGGUCACCAACGUGAGCAAAUGAGGCUGUUUGAGAUGUGCAUUCUAUAAAACAAAGAUUACCUUGUGGGCUGGAGCCGCAUAUUCAGAAAUGGAAAUGUGGCCUUUGAGGCUUCAUCCAGGUUUUCUUUUGUUAUCCUGUAUAUGCCUUUGUGUACCGUCCCAGUAAUUUAUGGUUACGGGGAGUAUUAGGUUAGUUUUAUAUUGUAAAAUGUAUGCAUUUGUCUAAACUUAUAGCAUACUUGUUUCGAUAAUGGGGGUAAUGCAGGAUACUUCUGGUGUAACGGCAAAAUUAAUUUGUUUGUUUUUUUGCACCAAGCUUAACAGUGUGGCUUUCUGCUGUACAAAUAUUUGCUAAUUGAUUUGUUAUUUUUAUGUAUUGAACAAUUUUGGUUGGUUUUAGAUAGCACAUGCUUCAAACUUUUGCUACCUUGCCUAUUUUCAUCAUGAAUAAAAUGGAGUCCUUUGG